UAGAAGAUGGCAGGACGGUUCCUAAUCGAUACAAAUUGAUUGGUUGAUGCGUAUGAAGCUGUUUUACCUUUCCCUACAGUCGUGGCGCUGCGUGAUAUUCUCGAUGUUAUCAUUCAUCAUAUCGAUAUAAUAUGGCGUUUACACUUUGGACACUUUUUGAAGCGACUAUGUUGUGUUUGAAUGCGAUCUGCGUUUUGAACGAAGAAAGAUUUCUUGCAAAAGUUGGUUGGGCGUCGUGGCAAAAUGUUCAAGGCUUCGGAGAACCUCCUACAGCAAAGUCACAAAUUUUAAACCUUAUUAGGUCCAUACGAACGGUGGCACGAAUUCCAUUGAUAUUCCUAAAUAUCGUAACAAUAAUUGUGAAACUGGUGCUUGGGUGAAAGAAACAAUUGAUGGUGUAAAUAAAAGGACAAUGAGCUGUGAAAAGUGAUGUACAUAAACGCAAAAUUACAUUCUUUUAUUUUUACCUUUGUAUCGAAGAGUAAAGUAUUUUUCAUUAUAUCAUGUUUCA